AUGGGGUCCAGCUUCGUGGCUAGCCAUGGUCCGACUUUGGUUAUUCUUUUCCUCGUCCUCUAUAUCGUAACUAAUGUUUAUCGCGAGCGAAGGAACCCAUUGUCGUCGGUCCCCGGCCCCUUCCUGUGCAAGUGGACGGAUAUUUUCGUCAGAUAUCAAACAGUCAUAGGGAACCGGCCACGAUAUGUGCAAGCGCUACAUAAAAUAUAUGGUUCUGUCGUCCGGGUCGGUCCGAAUGCAGUCGACAUUGCUAAGAUUGCUGAAGCCCGAGAGAUCCAUCGCAUAGGAAGUGGCUUCCUAAAAUCGCCGGUAUAUGAAUUGCUCAAGCACGACAAUGCAAAAAGUAUCUUCAGUACUACUGAUCCCAAGUUUCACAGCAAACAUCGCAGGCUCCUUUCAUCGCCCUUCGCAGAUGCGAACUUGCAUUCACUGGAGCCCUUGAUAGAGGCCCGCAUCCGCCUCACUAUGCAGCGCAUGCGAGAGGAAAUGACCACCCGUAAAGUGGCAGAUGUCCAGAAGUGGUUUUUCUUUAUGUCCAGCGACAUUAUUGGAGAAUUGUCCUUCGGGGACUCAUUCCGGAUGUUGGAGCAAGGCAAAAAAGAUCAGCAUAUCAAAGACCUAGAGAUAGCCGCCUUGGUCGGAGAGUCUCGAGUAGCUUUUCCUUUCAUCUUCAGGCUCGCGGAAUUCCUGCCGCUCCCUAUCCUCAGGGAGGCUAACAAGAGCCGAAAUAGAUUCGGGGACUAUGCUGACGAGUCCGUCAACCGUUACAAAAGGCUGUUAGCCGCAAGUCCCGAAAACGUCAAGCCGACACUUUUUACAAAACUGUAUAAUGCUGGCAAGGAAGGAUUGUCUGAUGCUGAAAUCCGCGACGAUGCCUCUGACCUCAUCGUCGCUGGGAGUGAUACCACAGCCAACACCUUGACCUAUCUCACUUGGGCAGUCUGCAAGGCGCCAGUCAUCCGGAAAGCACUUGUUGCCGAGGUCGCCACACUGCCCGAGUUGUUUUCUGACAAGGAUGUCCAGAGCUUAUCCUAUUUGAACCAGGUCAUUGAUGAGGCCUUGCGCCUGUAUCCCGCCGUCCCUUGUGCUCUCCCUCGCGUUGUACCACCACAAGGUGCGACAUUUAGCGGCUAUUGGGUCCCCGGAGGGAGCACUGUAACGACGCAAAUCUGGAGCUUGCAUCGUGAUCCUGUUGCGUUCCCGGAGCCCGAAAAGUUCGAUCCUUCCCGCUGGGCUUCCCCUACCAAGGAGAUGAAGGAUGCAUUCAUGCCAUUUGGAGCAGGGACACGUAAUUGCCUGGGGUUACAUUUGGCUCGAAUAGAGCUGCGCUUGGCUACCGCCCAUUUCUUCCGACAGUUUCCCAGAUCAGAGGUAUCAUCCCGGGAAGGAAUGAGCGAUGAGGACAUGGAGCAGGUCCUGCAUUUCCUGCUAUCAACGAAGGGACACCGGUGUCUACUAGAAGUUCAAUAG